CUUUCGGUUUUUCAAAGAACAGUGAAUGAAUGAAGGUGAACUUUGUGUUUUAAAGUUAAAAAUAGUGACCAUAGUGAUUACUGAUAAGUCACAUUCGUAAAUGGUAAUAGGAUUAAUUUGAUAAGAGCUAAGUUAGAAGUAAACAUUGGUUUUUAAUAUAAAAUGGCACGUAAUUUAUUGAAACUGGGAGCCUUAGAGGCACAAAAAACAGUGUUUUUACUGUGCGAUGUACAAGAAACAUUUCGACCCCAUAUUAAACACUUUGGAGAAGUCGUAAGAGUCGCAAAUAAAAUGCUAGAAGCAGCAAAACACUUUAAUAUACCAGUUUAUGUGUCAGAGCAAUAUCCCAAAGGCUUAGGUCACACCACCAAGGAUAUAAAUGUUGAUGGAGCAGCCCUUGUCUAUGAUAAAACUACAUUCUCUAUGUAUAGUCAAGAACUUAAAGACAGGCUGAAGAAGGAUGUACCGAACUUGGGGUCUGUGGUACUGUUUGGUAUUGAGACACAUGUUUGUAUAGAGCAAACAGUUAUUGACUUACUCAAUGAAGAUAUUAAUGUACAUGUGCUAGCUGAUGGGGUAUCGUCGAGGUCACUCAUGGAUCGAAACCUUGCUUUACAGCGCAUGCAAUCCAUGGGAUGUUUUAUAACCACCGCUGAGAAUGUCUUGUUCAAACUUUUGAGAGACAAAGAACACCCUGCAUUCAAAAUGAUCUCUAAAUUGAACAGAGAACCAACAGCUGAUGUAUUUGACUUACACGUGACUUCCAAACUUUAAUAACUCGAUUCCAGUCAUUGGGCUGUUUUGUUGGAACUUCUGAGAAUGUUUUAUUCAAGUUGUUAAAAGAUAAAAAUCACCCUGUUUUCAAACAAAUAUCAAAACUGAAUACUAAACCUACACCUUCUGAAUUUGGUGCCGAAGAUUAAAAAAAAAGAAUUAGUUCUCUGCCUAUACUUUUAAGAAAAAAAAAAUUUUAAAUAGUUUUUUAUUUGUUAUGAAAAAUAUUGUUGAUAUACU